UUAAAAGCGCUCGGAAUGACGCCACCAGCUCCUCCUCGCCGCUGCGAGGGUAGACGCGGACCAAUCCCAGCCUCCCAGAGCCGGGCCGAGGACGUGGUGACCAUCUCCUCCAAGUACAAGCAGAAGUACGAAUGCCGCCUGCCGCCGGCUGCCAUCAAGAUCCACCGGGAGCCUGAAGAUGACCCCCGGGGUUACAGCGGGCUGGGCAUCACGGAGCUGCUGCGGCCCAUGGGUGCUGCGCCCUGUCUCCGUAAGACCAAGGACUGGUGGACGUAUGAGUUCUGCUACGGGAGGCACAUCCAGCAGUACCACAUUGAAGAGUCGGAUAUCAAGGGAGACGUCCUGUACCUGGGCUACUAUCAAUCUGCCUUUGACUGGGACAAUGAGACUGCCAAGGCCUCGAAGCAGCACCGUCUCAAGCGCUAUCAUAGCCAGACCUACGUCAACGGCUCCAAGUGUGACCUCAAUGGUCGCGCUAGAGAGGCUGAGGUCCGGUUCCUGUGCGAGGAGGGCUCGGGUGACUACAUCGCGCGGGUGGAUGAGCCGCAGUCGUGCUCCUAUGUGCUGACAGUGCACACGACCCGCAUCUGCCACCACCCCUUCCUACGCCUGCCCGCAGCUGCCGCACCCCAGCCCAUCCGCUGCCAGCCUGCGCUAAGCCCUGCCCAGUACCUCCAGUAUGUCCAGGCCCAAGUCUCUGACACUAAGCGCAAGGUGGAGGAGAUCUCGGAGGAGCUACGGACGCUGGACACACGGCUCUGGAGUGAGCAGGACCCCAGCCCGGCCAAGCCCCCACCCAGGGAAGACCCUUCCCUCGAUGGUGAGCCCUCUGCUCCCAGCCUGGCGGAGAAUGCUGGCCCCCGAGACCCCCCACCCACAGCAGAUGACCCGUUGGACCCCACCAAGGAGGAGGAACCCACAGUAAAGGCACCUGAUGGCCCCCUGGCAGAUUUCCACCGGAAAAUCCAUUUCAAGGUGAUUCGGAGCCCGGGGGACCUGGUGCAGCUCAUCGAAGAGCUGAAAGCAAGUGCCCGGAAGGCCAAGGCAAAGGCAGCAGACCUCAGCCCAGAGCCCCCUGAACCCGAGGAGGCGACAGCAGGGCCUGAACCCCCUGAGGAGGAGCAGGAUGAGGCCGAGCUGCUGGGCGCCUUCGAGAAGGAGCUGCAGGAGCUGCUGCCUGGUGCCCGCUCCCCACGGCUGGGGGCCGAGGUGCGGGCCCGUGUGGAGAAGGAGUUUGACAACAUCCUGGACGAGGUCGAGGACGAGCUGGAGACCGAGGGCCUGAAGGGUGAGUUUGACCGCACCCGGGCUUCUAAGUCACUGGCUUCCACCCUCAACAAGCUCAUCGACCGCCUGGACGCAGGCACCGGUGCCCCCAAGGGGCACAAGGAAGAGGAGGAGGCUGAAGAUGACACCAGCCCUGCUACCAAGCCGGAGGCUGAUGGUACGGAUGAGCGGGUGAGGGUGCGGGUGACCCGGGUGCGCCCGGGCAGCACUCUGCAGAAGGAGCUGCCCGUGCGGGAGCAGGGCAAUGAGAGCCCACGGCUGCGCCACCUCGAGCGCGAAGUCCGGGACCUGCUGGACCGUGAGGGGCUCAAGGCUGAAGGGAAGAUCGAGAUCAAGAUCAUGACGCCGGGCGGCUUCGGGGACGAGGAUGAUGCCCACUGGCUCUCUGACGAGGACACCCGCCAUCUCAAGGACAUCUUUUUCAACAUCCUGGGAUUUUUCCUUGGCUCUGGCUGA